AUGCCCUCCGCGCUAACCGUGACAUUUGUCCAAUCGACCAUCCUCAAUGCGGUCGCCAACAUCUGCGCCCAACUAAUCGACCAGCGCAACAGUCCUGUCCGAUAUCCCCCCAUCCUCCCCCUGAUAUCAAUCAAAGCAACCACUAACCGUUGUCCAACCCCAAAACAGAACCCUUUCACCCUCAACACCCUCGCCCUCCUACAAUUCAUGACCUAUGGCAUCCUAGUCGUCCCCAUCAACUUCGUCUGGCAACGCGCCCUGGAGGCGCGAUACCCAGGCUUCCCGUCGCGCGCUGAGCUGUCCCGCCUCUGGGACUGGUGUUGGUGCUGCUGCUGCUGCUGCGGGGGGAGUCGGGGUGGGCGCAAGCGCUCCAAAUCCGUUUCUUCACUGCGCGACUAUUUCUCCUCGAGUCUAUCCUCCGCACCGUUUUCCCUCUCCACGCGCGAUCGGCCGCGAGAUUGGUACCGCGCCGGCUCGCGACUACCUAGCCAUCAUCGGAGGGAGAAAUCCGCGCAAUGGGCGCCUCGCUCGCAGAGUCCGUCGGGGUUGUAUAGCUUUGCGAUGAAGUUCAUAUUCGACCAGACGGUGGGGUCGGUGAUGAAUAUUGUGCUUUUUAUUGUCUUGAUUAAUCUCCUUAAGGGGACCGGGAUCUGGAGGGCUUGGGAGCUUGUUAUUGAGGUGAGAUUCGUCAUUCUUCCCGUCUUCUGUCUACUUCGGUGCUUUCUACUGUACUUCCGUACUGUGCUACGCCAGAUGUCCAGACGGACGGACAGACAGGUACUAUUAUAUAUACAGGACCAUUCACUAACAACAUUCAAGGACUUUCCGCCUAUAAUGGUUGCCCGACUCAAGUACCGCCCCAUUGUGUCCUCGCUCAUGUACACCGUCAUCCCCGUGGACCGGCGCGUGGUCUUUGGGAGUGCCUGCGGUGUGAUCUGGGGCAUUUAUCUGAGUCUGUACGCGGUAGUCUAG